AAAAGAGAUAAGGUUUUGAGCAGUUUAAAGACUGGAUAUUAUUUAAGCAGGGAGAGAUAGUUGUGGUGUUUUGGACACUCACAUAACAUCGAAGAGGGUUCUAUCAGAAUUAUAUUCUCCUGUUACUAUAAGCCAGGAAUAAAUCAUAGCACAGAAGUAGGGAAUUCGAUUUUUUGAUACUGGCAUAAAACAGGACAAGAUUAACAAAAAUGUACCAGAUUCAUACCAUAUGCCUGCUGAAUCAUCAAUGAUAGAAUAUAAAGAUAUUAACUGUCACCAAAUGUAUAGCUUUUGCGUGCGCUAAUAUUCACAUAUUUCAAGAUUUCCUGGUGUAUAUACAUGAAUUCUUAAAAACAACUUUUGUUAAAGAUGAUAGUGCAGUUUCUUCGACCGCAGAGAAUGUUACAAAUAGGUAUCCACUGGGGUCAGCACAGACGGCGAUGAGCUAUGAAAACAAUACAAAAGUUUUCGCUUUACUCGAAUCUUCAAGCAAAUUGGACAUUUGUUCGAUUUAAUUUGAAGUUUGAAUAAUCGACAUUGCAAUCAAAUUUAAAUACAAAACCUUUUAUGAAAUGCUCACGAUUGGGAAGAACCUUGUCAAACGAAAGUGUCAAACGGCAUGAAAAUUUAAUACCUUUUUUAUUGUCGGCUCACGUUUUAUCAGGAUGUAAUACAGUUGAUGUUUGAAGUAGAAUAAAAGAAAGCAAUCAAUGUAACCUAAUCCUCACCAUUGGUAUUUAUUGUGAAGUUGGUACAACACAUAUGUAUGAGUAUGAUGAAGUUGGUUUACCAUAUGUAUUAAUAUGGAGAAGUUGGUUCAACACAUAUGUAUGAGUAUGAUGAAGUUGGUUCAAGACAAAUGUAUGAAAAUGGUAAAAUUGGUUUACAAUAUGUGUAAAUAUGGAGAAGUUGAUUCAGCACAUAUGUAUGAGUAUGAUGAAGUUGGUUUAAGACAAAUGUAUAUAUAUAUGGUGCAGUUGGUUCAACAUAUAUGUAUGAAAAUGGUGAAGUUGGUUCAAGACAAAUUACUGUAAAUAAGUAAAAGAUAAGGCGGACACUGUCAGGUGUGCUUCAGAGAAAGCGUUAGUGUUAGAAAUGAACUUUUCAGCCUGGUUAAAAACCACUAACAAAGAUAGAGCAGGCUGUAAAGGGAGAGUAUGAUAACCGUUUUAUGAAAUUUAUAGCAUAGAGUAUUUCAAAAAGGAAUUCACAAUUACAAUUCUUCUCCAUGCUGCCACCUUACAAACUCAGACCAGUAGCAUAAUAAAAACGCAGAGACUGAACAAACAGAAUGAAUAAACAUCACUCCAACUAUCCAACAGUUGACAAGGUAGCUUUCAUAAUCGUCUCAACCUUGAAAAACCCAAACCUUUGAGUUAUACCAUGAUAACGUCCAUUUAUCAUCAAGCACAUUCUAAAUCUCAACAAGUAAAGAGAAAGACUCAGAUAGUUCACCAAGCGACGACCUUACUAUGCCGAACUAGACUACUAAAACUUGUACCUUUGUACUUCUGACAUUUUAAUAUGUGACCACAACGUGCGUUAGCAGUGACUGGUUAAACUGUGACGCGAGCAAACGUUUGAAUAUUUUGGUUUUAUGUAUUUCCAUUGAUUUUUUAAAUUUUGUGGGGAAAAGGGGGGAGGAGGGGGGGGGGCGAGUUUGUUUGACAUGCUGUUUUGUAAUGUCUGCAUUAUGAACAAUCUAAUCUAAGUCUAGGAGGUUUGAAAAAAAUCGGGUAAAAAGCGGUACUGAUAUGUUCGAACAAAUUUGAGUCCGUAUUUCUUGGACAGAAACAUUUUUUCUAAAACCUUCGACUCUCCUCCAUUUUCCCACUAAUCUAAGUUCAGGAUUUUAGCCACAUAAAGUAAGGCUUACAAUGCAAAUCAUUGUUGUUCGGUAGCUAGCAGUUAGCUUAGAUACUUUCACUUUCGACCAUAAUAAAAAUGCAAGUAAGAAAGAGGAACUGAUAUGUUCAAACAACUUUGGGUCCGUAUUUUUUGGACGGAUACCUUUUUUUCUAAAACCUUCGAAUGUCCGCCCUUCUUUUCCACUAAUCUAAGUUCAGUAUUUUAGCCACAAGAAGUCAAGGCUUACAAUGCAAAUGAAAGUUGUUCGGUAGCUAGCAGUUACCUUAGAUACUUUCACUUUCAACCAUAAUAAAAAUACAAGUAUUUAAGGGAACUUGCUUAACAACAUGCGUGGUGUAUGGACCGAAACACCAGAGUUUUUGACUCUUUACCGCACGCUUUUGUUUAUUUUCUCCCUCUUUGUAAAUCUUUAGCGGAGAAAAAAAUAAACAAUAUUGAAUUGAAUUUUGUUUAAAACUUGUACAAGCGUUAGUUGUGAAAGAUGGGUAUAAUACCAGUUGUCAGUGCAUAAAAGCUGUGUAAAAAUUAACUCGCAAAGCUGGACUGAAAAAAUUAAACAACAAUAAAGGUGUAUUUGAUUGGUUAUCCUGCUAAUUAUUCCUUCGUUAAGAUAGAUACGGGAAACCUCAACCCUGUAAACAUCCUCACUAAACAUGCGUGUUCAGGGUGCUUGUGCGUUAUAUACAAAUGCCAUUCUCAAUUGCUUGUGGGUAUAACAUUCAAAAUCUUGCCCUUGUUCCUGUAUAACAAAGGACAAUGACGAUGAGAAAUGGUCGUGUACACACCUAGUUGAAAACGUGAAGCAUGAACAAUAGAACCCAAAUAGAUACAGAAAUUAAGUUUUAGUGACAACAGCGCGCUAUCGACAUUUGUUGUUACUCGGCGAAUUGUGUCUUAAAAACUUUCAGCUAAGCGUGAGAGUGAAUUACUUCACUUCAAAGAAACCAUAAUUCAUUUUAAUUUUUACUUGCGGAAUCGACUUAACAUGAUUUGCCUGUCUAACAAAGGAUUAUCUGACCUUUAACGCUAGCUAAAAGUCAUAAUCCUAACGCACAUCAAAACAUCAAUGUGCAAUGUGCAAUGUGCAUCACGACAAAUCAAACAAGCAUGAUUGCUUCACAGCGAGUUUGACAUACUAAACUAAUCCCAAUACACAUCAAAAAAUGAAUCACGACCAUCCUAAAAUAAAAUUCAAGACAGCAAAACAAAGUGGAACACAGUUGGUGAAAAUACUUAAAUCUUUUAAAAGUUUCGUGUUGGAUUAUUAAAGGAGUGGUAGUUUGUUAUAUCCAGGUCUCUGCGUCAUUGUGGAUUAACUAAACAAACGAGCUCCCCUUUUUACUUUCGUUCUCCGUAUACAACGCUGUUUAGGUGAUGCAGAAAGGCUAAAAAUAUGUUUGAUUACGAAAAUUGACGGUAUCUGCACGUUACAUAUAAAGACCAGUUCUUUAAGGAGGUGUUUGAAGCUACCACAAGAACUUUUAUUGUUGGUUAGACACAAGACGAUUUUUGAUUUGGCGAAUGGUGAUAAUGAUAAUGCAUGACCAGUUCUUUACCGUUUUGUUUAUUUUGCUUAUAAUACAGGCUAUCGAGACAAAGAACACUCGUAUGUCAUCUGGAAAUGGUACACAUCCUAAGAUUUGCAAUCGCAGCCAUUUCGAAGAAACAUACGUUAAAAACAAUAAAUACUUAGAGUUGACAACAUUGAAAGAGUUUAAAAAAUGUCCAAAGAUGCAAUGUGUUGGUAGCGACCUGUUAGCCGCUGUGUAUGCUGAAGAUGCUCACCACAAUUUCCUAUUCUUUGUCCAACCAGGUGAUGAUGUUACUGCCUCAAAAAAUGCUGGGUGCUGGGGUUUUGUAUUGGAAGUAUUUACACGAAACAGUUCGUAUACACUGUACAAAAAUUUCGAUAAAAAGGAUAAUCGGAUAUUUUGGAAGAUUUAUACAACCCCUGGAAGUAGAUAUUCAUUUAUGCUUACAGCAAUUCCAGUUGGACAACAGACUGAAAGAAUAUUCAUUAAAACACCAACUAAGUGUGGAAAUGAAGUUUUGGUUGAUGUCUUAAAGAAAACACAAGAGAAAGGCUGGUUUAAAAACUGUUAUGAUUUACCUAAUUUCAGAAAAAGACGCGACUUAGCAGAAAGAAUAUGUCAUAUCGCUCCAAGUAAUUCGACUGCUCGGCGUGAAAUCGUCAGAAACAAUCUUUUCGUCCACAAUUGCAGCUACCAUUUGAAGGAAACUUUUUCAAUGACGGAUAAUUCGUAUCAUUUCUCGCAUGUUGAUGCUCACUCAAGCAGUAUGAAAUUGCAACCAAUCGGAACACUAACAUUGUUAGUUGUCAUAGCUAUUGGUUGGAUAUGAUGUAAUAGUUUUAUAUUGGGUAUGGUGUACCCAGACUGAUAUGAUAUAAUUUGUGCCGUUACAUUUGUAUAUAGAAAAUGUGUGAAUGGAAUAUUUUGUAUACUGUAUAUCACCAAAAUGCUUAAAAUUAGAUUACUGUAAAUCUUAUGCUAAAGUUGGUGAUUUGAACAACAAAGGAUAUUUUCGUCGUUGGCUGUUUUAGUGGAAAAAGAUAAUUUGUGUUACUUACAAAAGAAGAUAUAAGCUCGUCAAUUUUUGCCCCUUUUAGUUUAAAAGAAUAAACUAGUCUGUAGCAGUUACAAAUAAUUUUUAGCGAAAGAGAAAAACAUAGAUGUAAAUCCUGAAAUCUACUAAUAUAACUGCUAUAAUAAUAAAUAAAUAACUGUAUUACAUAACUAUAUAUCUAUAUAUCUUCCUGGAAAAACUUUUACAAAAAUUUACAAAAUUUCCAUGUAUGAGGUUAAAAUACGUAGGUUUUAGAUGUACUUACUAUUAAUCUAUAUAUUAAUACGCCUUGUGUGUGUGCGCGCACGGUGAGGCCAUGUCACACAAAUCACAGGUCACUUUCUUACGACGUGGCGUUACGCUAAAAUGCACCAAGUUAAAUAAACGCAAAUCAGGGGGUUACUAUAUAAAUAUUUUAUUCUCUUUUCUUAUUUCUUUAAAAAAUAAAACUCUUUUUCCUUAUUUUAUUAAAGCUAAUGUUUAUUAUAUUUUUAAAUGUUUUUAUUUGUUUUUUUGUUGUAAAAGCCCUGCCGGGCGUUAUAGAUAGAAUAAUUUAAUUUGACCCCCGGUUUACCAUGUGCGCGCCGUAUCCCAUGGAAACAAAGUUUAUAAACUGAGAAAUUAAAACCGAAGCGAAGAAAGUUGUCUCUUUUUCAAAGUAAUCCUGAAAAAAGUUAUUUCAAACAAUGUUUACUCAUCAUGAGGUUAGAUUAAAGCUUAUUUGUUUCUUCUAUCAUUUUUGUGUUCUGGGACCGAGGUUGCUUUCUUUUUUAUAAAAACUGUCGAAUUCGAAUGAUAAUUUGAAUCUAAGAUGUAAAGAACAAAACUGUUGUUGUAGAGCGGCUUUUGUUGUCGAGCAAGAAUAAAAAGUUUAUGUUGUUGUCAGAAAUAUUUGUUAUAAAGAAGAAAAACGUACGAUGAUAUAACGUCAAAAAGAGAACUGAUUGGAAAUGUAUCAGACAAUUGUAUACAUCUUCCAUUCGUUCUCUUUGGGAUGAAGCGAAGUUUAGUAUUCAAAGUAACAAACUGAUUGAAUUUUCAUCCAGAAAACGCUAGCAAGCUACCUACUGAGAAAGCGAAAGCAAAGCAAGUGUGUUGUUUAAAUUAUUUGAUAGAGAAAUGAAUUUGGGUGUAUAACGAUUUUUUAGCCUUUUCUUUCAGAGCUAAACUUUCCUUAAAUAUUAAGUUUGUUGUUGUAUCUUCGGCCGGAAUAUAUUUUCUUUAAGCACUUAGUUUGUAAGAAUAUACUCUGAAAAAUGGGUCAGAAGUUUAGAAUACCCUAAGAAUAUGUCUAAGCUUGAUAGUUUGUUUUAAAAAUAAACACUGUAUGACGCAGAAAAUUGAUUAGAAGUUUACUUUUUUAUUGUAUAUCAAAUGAACUGAACCUUUUUAUGUCCAAGCAAUAGGCUGUUACAUGUAGUAGAAAUUGCCAUUAGCUAGCUAUAAUAACUUAUAGCAUUCUUCUUUCUUCUUUCUUCUAUGCCCUUUCGAUUUGUAAAAACAGUGUUUUAUUUAUCUUAUGCAAGGCAAAUGACUUUCAAGUCAUUUGCUUCUGUAGACUAAUCCCUUUAUGUUAAAAUGAACAUGGGGACGGGACGUCAGUCCGCCAUUUUGUUGCUACUGAUGUGUUUGUUAUUCUUUAAAACAUGCUGCAUAUAUUUAUAGCAUGCUUUUUUAUUAAGGCAUUACAUAUUUUCAUGAUAAACGUAUUGAGAAUAAUGAGAAUAGAUUUGUCAAAAGAGUUAGGAACAUCAGGCUGAAACUAUAAACGGUUAUAAACAUAGAAUAAUGCAGAUCGUGACUAACCUUGAUCCCAGGGCUUUUUUCUUUUUUUGCCAUCCCGUUACAAAAGAGACGGUCGAGAUUGAAAUGUGCGUUUUGAAAAUUCAAAUUAUGUGUUGUACGUUCUUGUUUUUAUCCCUUACAUCAGUUUAAUGAGAGAUUCAAUGGAUUCUACCAUCAGAUAACUUUUGAUUUCUUAUAUUUUGUGUAAAACUUUGAAAGGGUUGCUGUACGCAAUAGACUGAAUAUCUGAUUUUGGUAUGACGUGUUACAAACUGUACAGUGUGGAAAUUUUGUAAUAACGUUUUUUGUAUAACUUGGCAAAAUAUGUUGGAUUUUUUAAAUGUCUGAUAUAUGUUUUUUCCUGGUGUACUUAUGGCAAAGCAAGUAUAAAUUUUAGCAGAUUUCGCUUUUUAAGUAACGGUUGUUAGACGUCUUUGAUUUUGUUAUUUUCCAUUUUGCUUUUUUAUUUUUUUUGUUGGACCUGCUUAUAUUUUUAACGUUUUGGUUUCAACGGGUAUAAAUAUAAAGUAAUGCAGACCGUGAGCAUCCUCGAUCCCAGGGCUUUUUCUCUCUUUUUUUCGUCCCGUAUUAAAAAGAGAGAAAGGGCCAAGGUUGGAUUGUAAGUAUUAAAAAUUCAAAUUGCCAUGCUUUAUGCUUUUGUUUAGUAUCCCUUACACGCAUUUCUUGGAGACAUUUAGUGAGAUGUAUUUUGAAAUGCUAACUUCUUUACUAAUAAUUUUACCGAAUAAUUUUCGCAUUGUCAGAGGGUUAGAGCAAGCAAUUUUAGUAGACUUAGAUUUUAAAUGUCACAUAUAUACUGCAGUUGUUGGACACCUUCAAUUUUUUUGGUCAUUUAUAUAAUUAUGCUGAUUGAAAAAUUCGCACUGCUGUAUUGUUUGCUUUUUGAUGGUACAUCUGUUCUAUGAAUUAAAUGAGAAAUUCAGUGGAUUCUUCCACGGGAAUAUGGCUAGUCAUCAAAAAUAAUAUCUUUAACCAAACAUAUUUAACACGUAGUACCAAUAUUGUGUAACAUUUAUUAAUACUUCUUGAAAAUUUACGAGCAUCUGUUAUGGUUAAUAAUAAAAUAAUUUUUGAUUAUUUGAUUCCCUUUCCACAAUAUACGUCUAGCAACGAACAAUAAAGUUUGCUGUUCUUAAAUGGCGCCAAACUUCAUAAAUAUACAAACCGAAAUCAUUUUUUACAGUAAAUCGAACAUGUCAUAUGGUCAUAUUUAUUUACACAUCUUUACUUUCUUUAUCUUUACUCACAAAUUUAUUCAGUAGUAUAAAAUAAUAAAAACGUGUUCGGAACAUGUUAUUCGAUUUAUAGCAUUUUUAGAUUUAGAUCUUCAACUUUUUCUUGUUUUUAAUUGUGUUUUGAUUUUUGUUUGACGCGCGGCAAUAAAGAGAAAUAUAUUCCAUUGUUUCUGAAUUUGACCACCCGUUUGGCAAAUGUGUAAGAAGUUAGAACGCUCAUUGCAAUUGACAUAACAUAUAAAACUUGACUAAUGUGUUUCUUUUGUGAUAUCUAUAUUUUUUGAGUAUUAACUAAAAAAGCCAAUUCAAAAACAGUAAGAUUUUUUUAUGAAGUAAACCAAACCACUGUCUGGUCUUAGAAUCAACACUGUCUUCAAAAACUUUCGCAGCCUGUCCCCUUCAUUGAAUGCGCAUACAGAACAAAGCAGUUGAUUAACAAUGCAUUUUUUAUAAAACCACGUAGACAGAAAGCAUGAAAUUCUUUUAGCUUAAUAAUUGUAAAAAGUACCGUUUUACUGGUAUUAUCGUCAUUUUGUGGCCAGCUUUAAGCAAAGAUCAACUAUAUGUCGUUAAAUAAACUGUUCUGGCAAGUUCUUUAUUUGCAGUAAGCUUUUUCCAAGAUUUCAGAUUUGGUAAGGUUGUGGAAAGGUCUAUUAUAUCCAUUUCCUGUAAAAAAUAGUAGAUGGGUUUGUAUAAUAUUUGAUGGAUGCAAUUCCUAUUACGCCUGCGCUGCCGAAUUAUUUGCGUCAAACACAACAAAAUCCCAAAAAUUUGCAAAAAUGAACUUAAGAUGUUCUAAAUUCAUUCAUAAAAAAUAAUAUAUUUACUUGUUGGGAUAAACUUAAUUUACCUUCUUAUCAAAACAAUUUUUUGAGAAAUAUUUGAUUUGGAAAUAAAAGAACGUUUGUCUUUGACGACGAUGAGGAAGAUUUAGUAAUUAUUGAAAUUUGAUGCCUGGUAAUAUUGAAAAAGGGUUUCAACAAGACGUGUUUUACUUUUUUGUUGGACGAAAUUAAAGUCUGACAAUUUAAUGCCUCACUUUCCAUUUUAAAAAGAUUGUAUUUAUAAAGAAAGCAAUUGUUCUAGACUUUUUUUGUUUUUUACAGCGACGAAAGUGUUUAAAAGGGCUGCUUCAUUCAGAUUGACGCAUCGAGCUAGCAAACAUGUGAAUUUGGUUUUUCUAGGUACCUUGUAAGGAAUUUUUAAAAAUUUUGAAAUUAAAUUCUGCUAAAGAUCAAGGUUUUUUUUUUUGUAAAACGGGAAUAUAAACUCGCGAAAGUAUUGAACAGCGAAAAUUUAAAAAGUUUCUAAUGCAUAAAUAAAUUUCGCGACUAGCUUCAUUUUUUUUCUGAAAUGAUGCGUAGAAUAUCACCAAAAAAAGUAUUAAAUUAAGUGAGUUUCAAGGUUUAAAAUGAGAAAUUCUAACUCUAGCGAAAAUUAAACCUUAGAGGAUGGAAAUGCAAGCAUUAGGCACACAGCCAUGUCACAUGUCACGUAAGGACUAGGUUGAGAAAGUUGCAGCAUUAAUGCACUAAAGUCAGUAAAAAGUCUUCCUGGUGCCCUCACACCUUAGAGAGUCUCAAAAUAUUCGUAUGCUUUUUCGUAUCAUUUGUAUCAUAUGCUUUGUAAAGAGGUUGAACAUGAACUACCCAAACAUGAAUCGCGCGAAAUACAUUAAACUUGCUCAACCAUAAAAAUCAAUUCUCUGAAAAUACAAAAAUUUCGCGUUUUUUUCCGCAAAAUGUUCUGACAAUAAAAUAAAAAUGCAGUAAAUUAGCAGUAAUUAUGUAACAAUCGAGCCUGUAAAAAUAAAGUAAAUAAAUACGUAAACAACAUUGAGUCUCACUUAAUUUCUUGUUUUGAUUAUAAAAAAGCGUGCAUGUUAACUUCCCGUUCAUUCGACUGAACGGUUAACCAACAGAAAGCAGGGUACUAUAAUACAGGCAUUGAGUGGUAAGAUUUCCAUUUGUAUUCACAAAAAUAAAUUUCUUUUUAAUAAUCAAUGUUAACAAAUCAAUUCUAUUGGAUUUAUAUUUUUCUGCUCUAACCCCCUGCAUUUUCCUCUAUUAAAUGAGGGACGUUAUUUAUUCGCGUCCAUCAUUACAUCUCUUAAAAUUUAAAAGAAGGUAAGAAAUCUCUACAGAGCCGUAUCAAAAGAAGGAAUAGCGUUAUUAUUCACUUCUUCCUGUUUAUCAGUAGCAAUGCAUGCAGUAUCUAAUGGUUCACUAGCCUUGUCGUUCGGAUCAAUACUUGUACAUGUCUUUUCUGAAACUGUUUCCUCCUUGGUCACUGUUGGCUCUGGUGUUGACUCUUUUAUUUCGACUGUACCCUUAUUGUCAUUUAGGUCUGUUUGAACAGGCUUGUUAGGUUCUUCUUUGAUAGUCUCCUCCGUAUUUUGAGCCACAGCUACAACAUUGUCAUUACUUUCUAUCUGUUCCAUAACAUUCGAACUUUCUGUAGUCAAAGUUUGACUUUGUGCGAUUUGUUUUUCGUCAGUCGGUACGUCACCUCCAUUUGGCAGUGUUUCAUUAAUAGUACCAGAUUCAAAACUGGCUUUAUCAGGUCCUGCAUUUACAUCAUCUUUUGAGCUUGGAUAUAGAGUAGCAUCCUUCUCUUGAACUGGUUCAUUUUUUUGGAUCUGAUCAUUUUCAGAUUUUGACGGUUCUUCUGAAAUUGUACCAUCUCUUACUGGCUCUAGUGCUAAAUCCACUUGCUUUUCAGGAGAAGCAAGUAAAUCGGUUUUGUCCUCUUGUAAUUUGGAUGAAUCAUCGUUAUCGUCUGUUUUUAUAGGAGUUGGAAUAGAAGAGGGUGUGCUAGUAAC